CUCUCUUUUGCUGUCUUUAAUUUCUCUCUUUUCUCUUAAUCUUUUGAGUCAGUCUACUGAGAAAGCAACCAAAUUCCAAAUCCCAACUUGCAUCUUUAAUUUCCUUUCCAUUGAAAGAGAGGCCAGUUACAUUAAUUUCUCAUUAGAAAUUAAUCCAAUUAACCUCACACCUUUCUAUCCAGUACACUCCUUUUUCUAUAUAUUCCAUAUGAAAUUAUAUAUUAAUAUAUUAUACACAGUGACUUCCACCAAGAUUCUGUGUCUCUCCCUCAUGGGGGCUCUUGCAAUUGGUGUCGCAGUACUCCUCGGAGUAGUUUAUAUUGUGCAUCAAGUGUGUGGAGAUAGUUUCAAGAGGGUUGGCGAUAAUAAUAUUGGAAACUGUGAUUACUUUCAGGGGAAUUGGGUUUAUGAUAAUUCAUAUCCGCUUUAUGAUGUAUCUGACUGUCCCUUCAUUGAGGAUGAGUUUGAUUGCCUAAACCAUGGUCGCCCAGAUAAACUCUAUCUUAAAUAUAGAUGGCAGCCUUCUGGAUGCAAUUUGACGAGAUUCGAUGGUGGAGAGUUUUUGGAGAGAUUUAGAAACAAAAGCAUUAUGUUUGUGGGGGACUCGUUGAGUUUGAACCAAUGGCAGUCGCUCACUUGUAUGCUACAUUCAGCUGAACCCAAUGCUACAUUCUCAUUCGUCAGAGGUGGAGGGCUUUCCACAUUCACAUUCCCUGAAUACAAUGUUAAGGUGAUGUUCUCCCGCAAUGCGUUCUUGGUUGACAUUAUGAGCUCAACUAUCGGUCGCGUUCUAAAGCUGGACUCAAUCGAAGGAGGGCAAUUAUGGAAUAACGGCACUGAUGUAUUGAUCUUCAACACGUGGCAUUGGUGGAUUCAUACUGGAAGAAAGCAACCAUGGGAUUAUAUUCAAGAGGGGAAUACAAUGUACAAGGAUUUGGAUCGCUUGGUGGCGUACGAGAAAGGGCUAAAUACAUGGGCUAAAUGGGUUGACUCGAAUAUCAACCAAACCAAAACUAUGGUGUUCUUCCAAGGAGUUUCCCCGGAUCAUGACAAUGGAAGUGAUUGGGGGGAGCCACGUGCAAACUGCAGCGGACAAUCACAACCAGUUGCUGGAUCAACCUAUCCGGGAGGUCCAAACGCAGCAGAGAAAGUGGUAGACAAAGUUCUUGGAACUAUUUCAAAGCCAGUGUAUUUGCUAGAUGUCACAACACUUUCACAGCUUAGAAAAGAUGGUCAUCCUUCUCAGUAUGGCUUCGGGGGCCACAGAAUCAUUGAUUGCAGCCAUUGGUGUUUACCUGGAGUACCUGAUACUUGGAAUCAGCUCCUCUAUACAGCUCUCGUUCAAAACUAGCUUCUUAAGGAUUUUAUUUACAUAUGUACGUGUAAUUAAAGCAACAAUUAAAACAACAAUGAAGCAGCAAGCAUCCAUCUUUCCCAAGACCUACGUAUCGAUUCCCAGCCACAUAUCGCUAAACAAAGUUCUGAUACAUACCUUUUGUAACAGCUAGAUUGCUUCAAACCGUGAUAAUGAUGCUUCAACUCAACCUUGGUGUAUCACACCUGCCUCUCUCUCUUUGUGUAUCACACCUGCCUCACUUGUGUGCUAACUGUCUCGCUCGCUUGUCUCAAGCAGCUGCAUCAACGCUCCCUUUAUACAAGGUUUAGUCUCGGUUGCUAAACACAUAGCACCGGGUGUAAGGAGGAGCGCACAUAUGAACACAUAAAUACAUAGCACAUACACGUUCACUUCUUGUU